UUCUAGCUUCUUCGAAUUCUCAGGUACAUUCGUUUGGCUGGAUGCGAGCGAGAUGAAAGUGAGUGCACCAAAAUCAAGACAAGCCUCGUUGGAAACCUCCAACUUUCUAUCCACUCUUCCAACCGGUCAUUUCGAUCUCGGGAAAAGUACGCCACUUCGUUUUGACGGGCACGCUCUUUCCCGGCAUAUGUGUUCAAUGAACAAGCUUGAAUAUCAUCAUCGUCCAUGGUCCAUCCAUCCGUGGUUGUUUCAGUUUCAGUCGGCCAACCAACCACAAUCAGGACCAGGACCCUCUAGGAUAUCUUCGGCUUCUUUGUAUGUUGAAGCUUCCUCGUCUUCCUCGUCCUUAAUACUUGUACGAGCAACUUUCAUAACGGUUUCCGAUCUCUCUUUGGUCAGAGGUUCUAGUCUACUUUGUGUGUGAUUUGGUGAUACUUUCCAACCAAAACGAAGACCAUUAUAACAUAAUGAGGCGCUACUCUCUGAUCAGUUCUUGUUUGGUGGUUUCGUGCUUGGUCUUUGGACUCAUUCAGGGCGAACAGUUUACUGAGUCCAACAGAUCCCUAGGAGAGUCAUCGCCAUACCUACAAAAGGGCAUGUUGGCCGUAGCUGGAGUGGCAGCGGCGGUCUUGAUCCCUCUGGCCUUGGGCGAAUCUUUGGACGAUCCGACCUUUGUUCAAAGGAGUUUCAGUUCCAUGGCCCGAUCUUGGGGAUUGGAAGAAUGCGGGCAAUUGGCCAUCUGUGAUGCUCACGCCCGUUAUGAUGAUUAUGGAGUGAUUGCCUUACCUUUGGUUCUGAUGUUUCCUGGAGCGCAUGAUUCGGAAGACGAAAGUCUGACUUUGUACCAAAUGGCGGCAGUUAAAGGCAAAGCCCGUGAAGAAUGCACAGCAGAGUAUUCGUGCCUAGUGAAUCCAAUGACAGUGGCCAAGUUUUUCAUGACCAUUUUCAUGAAAUGAGGCAAGAGUGAAGCAUUCCUGAUUGGCCGUGGGAUCUGACAGCAGCCUUUCAGUAAAAUUGUCAGUUCAUGUGUAACGUCAUAUGGUUACUGCUAAAUAAA